AGAGCGAGUCUGAGAGUAUAAAAGGAAUGAUUUGUCUUGUCGAGAAUGAAAACGCAAACGACGACGUACUCUGACGCAUCGGAUAUUACGAUGGGUUCUCCGUUUAUUUUCUUAGCACUUUUUGGCGUUCUAUCUCUGAACCUUGCCAAGGCCGAAGAUAUAUUUUACUUUUCUGAUGAUACUGGGACCACUCACGUAAUUUCUGUGGAGGACUAUGACUUAACCAACGAGGAUAUUAUAUUUUUGAAAGCUAAUUUAUCAGGGGUGAAAUUCAUUCUUUAUACGCGACAAAAUCCUACAGAUGGUUACAUUUUAAAAUUGGACGACUUGCCGAAUCUUCAGAAUCCUAAUUGUACAUGGAAUGCGAGUAAUCCUACGAAAAUCAUUACACACGGCUGGAGAGGAUCUUACAAAAGUGAUUCAUGCGUUAAAGUUCGCGAUGCCUAUCUAACAGUUGGUGAUUUCAAUGUAAUCGUUAUCGAUUGGGAAAAUAUUGCUAGUGAUAUACUUUAUAGUAAAGUAAGAGCAUGUAUACCUAAUGUUGCUUUAUACGUCGCUAAAUUUAUAAAUUAUAUGCAAGCUGUUGCCGAUUUAAAUCCAAAGAACACGUUAAUGGUUGGUCAUUCUUUGGGUAGUCAUCUCAUUUCACUCGCAGCAAACAAUAUUUCCGAUAGCAUUGCAGACGUCGUCGGUCUUGAUCCCGCUGGACCAGGUUAUACCAAUGCUAAUCCUAAUAAUAGAAUCGAUAAAACUCAUGCGGAUUACGUACAAGUAAUUCACACGAGUUCUGGCAGAUUAGGCUUGAGAGGUAAUUACGGUACAGCUGAUUUUCAUAUGAACGGUGGAAAUACACAACCCGGAUGCGGUGUUUGGGAUAUAAUAGGAAAAUGCUCUCACGCAAGAUCAUACUUAUAUUUUUCGGAAUCCAUUGAAAAUCCUCAUGGUUUUCGAAUUACUCCUGUUACAUGCACAAGAUCCUCGUGUCCUAACGUAUACAUGGGUGGAUCUUCUCUCGAUCACAACGCCCAAGGAUCUUAUACAUUGGCUACUGCUAGCGAACCUCCUUAUGCUUUAGGAUAAUUAAUGUGAUAUCUUUUUUGUUUUUUUAUUUUAUCAAAAUUAUUGUAAAUAUUUUUUAUAUAUUCUAACAUUAGUAUUAUUUCUUUCUUUUUGAUAAUUUCGACUCGAUGCUCUUUUUGACUCGAGACAUUUUACGGCAUGUUUGACGUAAUUGUUUAUCCUCUAACAUAAAAAUGAUUAAAUAUAUAAAUUAAUCUAUAAAA